AACAUCUGAUUUUGAUUUUUGCCCACCAAUUCCCCAAAAUAUAUAGUUUUAAAAACUCACUAAAUCACAUUUAUAUUUUGUCCACACAAAUUACAAGGAAAGAGAAUCACAAAUUUUCUUGUGUCCAUCAUCAUUGAAUUUGAUUUUUCAACAAAAAAACCAACCUUUUGUUAAUCAUGGGCUACCCAAAACCAAAAUCCAUGACCAAUAGAAGCCUCAAAAUCUGCUUAUUUGUUUCUUUCAUUUUCUUAAUCAUUGUUGCCACCGUGAUUAUAUCAUUAUCUCUAACAAUCUUUAAACCCAAGAACCCAGAUGUUAGUCUCUACCCAAUUGGACUUAAGGAUCUUCAAUUUUUCCAACCCAAUGUCACUAUUGUACCUUUAGGCUUAAUUAUUACAAUUGUGAAUCCAAAUUAUGGAGGCUUCAAGACAAAAAACACAACCGGUUUUCUUAAUUAUCACAAAACUCUUGUAGCAAAUGUUCCUAUAAAAACAGAGUUCCUUCCAGCGCGUAGUACCACUAAUGUGACCGCUAUUGCGGGUCUUAUGACCCAAAAUUUGAUAUCCGACGCUGAUUUUUUGUCGGAUAUCGAAGAUGGGUCUUUCAAUUUGACGGCAAAUGCAACACUUCAUGGGAAAGUUCAUAUGAUUAAGGUUUUCAAAUUGAAGGCUACGGUUUAUCUCUCUUGUGAUAUGUUUUUUAACAUAACUUCCUUUGACACUCAUUCUAGCUGCAUAACUAAAAUCAAGGUGUGAUUGUUGGUUUUCAAUUGGGGGAUUUUAUUCACUUGUGUAAUUGCUAUUGUAAUUUUAAUUCAUAUAUAUUAUUUUGUUUAAGGAUAAAAUGAAUAAAUAGAAGGGGAAAUUUCAUAUGCACUUGUAAUAAUUGAAGAAUAUGUAUGUAUGUAUGUUAUUUUUAAGAGUUAUUUCAUUUGUAUCUCUUUCAUAUGGAGAAAUGAUAUUAGUAUUCAAUUAA